CUGGACACAGAAGAGACAGUCUAGAUGGAAAAGACAGAUAAAGUGAGGUAGAUCUGAGGCUAAAGACAAGUAAAAGACAGAAACCUGGUCCCAACACACAGCAUGUGAUUGUGGAUCAGCAUCUGGACUAAAGAAAAACACGAGAGGAGCGAAGACUGGAUAUUCUCCUUCUUGACAAGACAGACAAACACCAACAGCAAAUAAAGAACCAAUGAGACCGGCCUCCCUCACACAUGCCCUCUCUCUCUCCAUCCUCGUUAUCGUCCUGUGGAUCUGUUAGCAGAAGGACAUCACUGGCAUCAUGCCGGCUGCAUUGAAGUCAUCUCUGGAUGGGAGCAUGACAGAUUCAGGGGAGCUGGAUCAGGCGGCAACUCCCUGCUUUGGGAAAGUGCCCCGUGACCUGCUCCAAAACUUUCCUCACACUAAGCGUGUGGGCAGCUACCUGGUGGGCAAAAUGAUCAACAAGGGCUCAUUCGCCAAGGUUAUGCUGGGCAUGCACAUCAGUACAGGAGAGAAGGUGGCGAUCAAGGUGAUAGAUAAGAAAAAGGCUCGUCAGGAUUCAUACAUUUUAAAAAACAUGAAGCGUGAACCCCGGAUUCACCAGCUGAUCCGCCACCCGAACAUCGUCUUGCUGCUGGAGACGUUGGAGACGGAGAACUGCUACUACAUGGCCAUGGAGCUAUGUGGAGGAGGAGACCUUAUGGAUCGAAUCUGUGAACGCAAACGGCUGGAGGAGAGAGAGGUCCGCAGGUACACCCGCCAGAUACUGUCUGCAGUGGAACACCUGCACCACCACGGGAUAGUUCACAGGGACUUGAAGAUUGAGAACUUCCUGCUGGAUGAACACAACAACAUUAAGAUAGUAGACUUUGGUCUGAGUAACACUCUGAAGGCAGAUUCUCUCUCUCUGGAGCUGCUGAACACUCAGUGUGGCAGUCCUGCUUACGCGGCUCCUGAACUGCUGGCCCACAGGAAAUACGGCCCUAAAGUGGAUGUGUGGUCUGUGGGUGUGAGUAUGUUUGCCAUGUUGACUGGCACUCUGCCAUUUACGGUGGAGCCCUUCAAUAUUAAGCAGCUUCAUCUGAAAAUGGUGAAUGGAGAAAUCAGUGCGAUACCAUCAGACAUCAGCAAAGCGGCUGUACAGUUUGUCUUGUCUCUCCUGGAGCCAGAACCAGCAAAAAGGCCAACAAUAAAAGCAGCAAUGGAGGAUAAAUGGUUGAAUGAGGGUUAUGCCAAAAGACCCCUUCAUACUGUCACUCAUAAAAACAGGCUGUGUCCCGAGGAUCUGAAUACAGCUGUGUUAAACUACAUGACUGAAUCUCUAGGUUACAGUCUGUCUGAUAUCAUCCACACUGUCAUCAUUAACAAGCCAUCAACCAUUAUGGCUUGCUACCAUCUACUGCUGAAAAAACUCACUAGGCAUCAGAAAAUAGUGAGGACCAUGAAGAGAGAAAAGAACAGUGAAUGGAAUCUUCUGAACAAGGGCUUGUCAAGAGGGAGAAGCAACGCAAGUGCAAAGAGUCAGCAGCAGAGUGACGCAGCCAAUGAGAGGAGCUCAAGGCAGGCCACUAAAACCCAGUGGAGCCAGUCACAGGACAGAGACGCCCAGAAUGACACGAAAAGAACAGCGGAGACCAUCAGACUAAAGCAGCCAAGUCUAGUGGACAGAGCAGAGUCCCCCUCCUCCCUGCCCGUGGAUACAGCUAAUGAGAUUGCCAUACUGGCCGAGACACAAGAUGGGCUGAUUCCUAAGGUCUUAACUUUUGGUGAGAAGGAGAUGCUUUGUGUCUCACCGCCUAAGUGUUCCUGCAGAGAGGGGAGUGGCACCAAACUCUGUGACUCCGCCCCUUGUGAUGCCACUGUAACUAUAGAAACCUCUGGAGACUACCAGACAAUGAAAACAUCAAUCAAGCCACAUGAUCUGAGACCGGCUUACUCUGACAAGAGUCAAGCGCUGGAAUAUGAACAUCAGCCUGAUGACAAGUUAGAAAAGUUGCAGACGUUCUACUCCGAAAAAGGGGCUUCUCCCAGAACAGGACAACACUUUAAGGAUGUUUUACUGGCCAUUGAGGAGAAAACCUUCAAUGCUCGCCAACUAUGCGCAAUGGAAAGCACAACACAAACCUCCCCUUUACCUCGACUACGUCACACUGCAACACUGAAGGAAGCCAUGCCCAGAAAAGUCACUUGGGUUGGUCUUACGCGCCACACAGCGCCUGACACAGCCUUCUCGCCUUUCAUAGUAAAUGGGUCCAAACCGCUAUUGUUUCCAUCUCAGAGACAACAAGCUCUCGUCAUUAAAAACCUGAGACAUGCAAAGGAGAAGAGGAACACAGGAACGGGAGGAGGAGGGAUCGGUAUCCCCGGUAAUACAGCGAAGAGAAACUCUGUUCAGUUGCGAACAGCUAUACAGCGCAGAGUCACGGACCUCAACUUACCAAUGCUUCCAUCUCCUUUACUAAACAAAUCAGACAAAAAGACUGAAAUACUUCGAAUGGAUUUCGGAUGACAUUUGAGGAUCUGAGGCCUUCCCAAAGAGAAUAUGCUGGGUUCAAUACAAGUCAGGUUCAGUCAACUGCAUUUGUGGCAUAAUGCUGGUUACCACAUUAACAAAUCAUUUUGAUUCAUCCUUUGUUUAAGGCAAGACACUACAGGCAAAACCAUAGUUUUUUAUGCACUGGGCUGUUGAGCAUCCCUAACAUGUCAGACUAGUGGAAAGAAAGCAUUCAAAAUACAGUACAAAAAUAACUAUUUUUGCAUCUGAGAUUUCAAAGACAAUACAUGUCUUUUUUAUGUUUUGUUUAAAUUUUAGUUAGAAUGUGCUUUUCUCACACCCAAAUCACUACAAUAGAGUAGAAAGACAAGUAAAAUACAAAUUAUACAGUAUACAAUCAAAAAUAAGACAAUAUAUAUAAAAAAACAAUAUCCUAAUCAGCUGCUGACACUUAAUCAUGGCCAUGUUUAAAGGUCAUUUAUGAAAAAAAAUUAGGAAUUUCAGUACACCCAACAACUUUUCAGUUUUAUUCCUGUCUAUAUUCUGAAGGUUUAUGCAGAUAAGUUUGACCAUAUAUCAUCUGCCUGGUUUAUAUACAUUUUUUUCCUAAAAACAUGCUCAAAUGUAUUUUUUUCUGGCUUUUGACAAUAUAUUGUGAUUUAUGUAGUGAUUAAAAAAAUACAGAUCUCCAAAUCCCUCUCUAUUCUGAACUUUAAUAUAUCAACAAAAAGCAACAAGGAUUUCGAACAUGACUUUAUUCAGUGUUCAGAUUUCUGUUUGACAAUUUUUUUUUUAAUUUUGCACAUAUUUAUUUGGAUAAUUUGCAUAUUUUAAACAUUACAUUUCAUAAUUUUCUUAGAGUACUGUGAUUAUAAAUUAAUUAACUGGUAAUUUCUAAAAGUUAAAACUUUACCUCAUUCACCUGCAGUGUUUUGCCCUAAAUUACCUUCCACUGUAAGUGCCUGACUCUAAUUUGUUUGUGCUAACCAGCAUUAUGCCAGUUACUGACAAAAGGCUAUCUGCUUCAGGAAUAAGAAUGAGAUUCAAUAUGUUAUCAUAUUUAAGUCAACAUCUCUUGAUCCUAUUACCUCCCUUGUUGCACUCCUUCUUUUUUUCCCCUAACCUAAUCCCUUGGUCCCAGGACAAUUUGACUACUCUUGAGUUUCUUAAUUGUCUGGUUGGGAUUUGUGUGAUGCCUAUUGUAAGUUUUAAGCUGCUAUCAUGUUUCUCGCUUUCUGAGUGAAUGCAUCUCAAUGGCAUCACUCAACUAUGCCAGUCAGUGCCAAAGGAUGAGGAUCCAUAAGUCAGCUUGUGAGGAAUAUGGCUAAUAUAAUUGAAGCAUUAUAUUGGCUUUUUGUUUGAUGCUUACAUUACAAUAAAUUAGUAAACUAUUAUU